CUCCAGCGCCCGCUGUCAACCUGCCGCGCUCCGCUCCUGCAAGCUAGCUCUAUUUUUAGUGAAUAUCACCCAGUAAUGACUCAGAACUCCGCUCUCUCUCAGUGACAUUCACUCGGUACUGGUGAAAACUAACUUUUAGAGGCAAUGGGACUACCGCAGAGCUCGUUUCUGUCGGACGGGGGAACUAAUUGUGGCUACCACGUCCAUGGGAUACAAGAGGACUCACCUGCUCAGAAGGCAGGUCUGGAGCCUUUCUUUGACUUCAUCCUCUCCAUAGGAAACACCAGACUAAAUAAAGAAGGUGACUUGUUGAAAGACCUCCUGAAAGCCAACAUGGAGAAAGCGGUCAAAAUCGAAGUGUACAACUCUAAAACGCAGCGGGUGAGGGAGCUGGAGGUGACGCCCAGUAACAUGUGGGGCGGUCAGGGCCUGCUGGGCGCGAGCGUUCGCUUCUGCAGCUUCGAGGGAGCCAAUGAGAACGUGUGGCACGUCCUGGACGUGGAGCAAAAUUCUCCCGCAGCUCUGGCCGGCCUCAUUGCACAUGACGACUUUAUUGUUGGAGCUGACCAGGUGCUACAAGAUUCCGAGGAUUUCUUCUCUCUAGUUGAAGCCAGCGAGGGGAAACCUUUGAAGCUGUUGGUGUACAACACACAGACUGAGCACUGCAGGGAGGUGGUGGUCACGCCGAACGGAGCUUGGGGAGGAGAGGGAAGUUUAGGCUGUGGUAUCGGCUAUGGCUACUUGCACCGGAUUCCUACUGGUCCAGUUCAGCUCAACAACCUGAGCAACAGCGACCUUCAGCCGGCGGUGACCGCCAGCAGUGAGGAGCCAGCAGCGCUUCACCGCACCGAGGCGUCGUCUGUGGCUGAUGUUAGCCCGUCUCAUGUACAAGAUUUGAGUCAAAUCGAAGGAGUUGUGCCUGUGCCAGAUCAAUCUGUGCUCCCCCCCAGUCCACCGGCUCCAGACCUCGAUAUUCCCAGCCCGCCCGAGGUGGCGACUCCAGAUUCAUCAGACGUGGCUUCCACCAAUGACGAGGGCCACAGCUCCAUGUUCGUUAAUUAUGGAGACGAGUCAGCUGAUCAGCGCAGCCUGGAAAACGUGACUGUUGACCUCGGCGCUUCGCCUUCAGAGGAGCGCCAGCCAGUCGCCCAGGAAACCGAGGAGGAGAGCGGCGUGGACCUGACCAGUUCUCCCACCAGCGACGCCGCAGACGAAGACGACGACGACGACGGCGUCGGCGGCCUGGAAGUCAGUGCAGAGAGCCUCAAUAUCUCAGGUAUCUCCGAGAUGCGGGACUGUAGUCCAGAGCCGACGAGCUCCGCUCAGAUCACGGAGGAAGCGACGCCGGAGCCGGCCGGAGCACACACUGGAGAGGACAGAGAGGAACGACUUGAAUAACUUGAACGGAUUGCUUAAAGGAUGAUUAAGAGCACAUCGCGUUACAGACAGCCUUCCCCACGGCCGCCUGCUGCAUCACUGGAGCUUUUCUUUUGAAUUCCAUCUGGAAGCCGGCGCCAUCGCUGCAUGCUGACCUGCACACUAACACGAUCAUGUUGGCUAGAAAACACUAAACAACUCAAGACGUUUUAUGCAAACUGAAUGUAGAGCGAAUCGUAGACGUACUGCGCGUUUGAAGAUCGGAGCUGAAGUGCUGCUCGAGCGCAGCUGCCGCAGAAAAGCCAUCAUAGUUUAUACAAGCAAUCCAAAGGUUACUUGAGUAUUUGUUCUCGUCCUCGACACUUUUUAAAGGUUGCAUAACACUGAAGAAAAGAGAAAAAAAAAAGUUAGGGUUUUUAAAUUGGGGUUCUUGUUUUUAUUUCCUAAUGAGAAUGUGUGUUCAAAUCUUUAAUCUCAGGCAACUCCUGUUUAAUCCUUUUCACCUUUCUGCCUGUUUCUUAUGUGGAAGUUUGAUUUUUGCUCGGUGUCCGUGAUGAAGCUAUAUGUGAGGAAGCUCUGAUUCUUUGCUAUUUUUUUUUUUUCCUCGGGGGGUGUUUUAAUGAAGUUAUGUCUGAUUUAUAUGGACGGAUGAGAACACUCAGAUAUUUAUAUAA